AUGUGGAAUGCUGCCAGCGAAUUCAUAUGUGGUUGUUUUCAACAGGGAAGCUUUGCAAAAAAAAUGUUGGAGGAUACUGCCAAGGAGUUGGAUUUUAGUAGAGCUGAUGAGCUCAGCUUCUUUGGAGCAGCAAUUUCUUCUCAGCAUGAAUUAAAGCAACAGAAAAGUAGUAUUAAUGCAGAUUCAUGGUUAGUUUCAUGGAAUUUACUUGGAAUAGCUGAUGGAGUGUCUUCUGUAGAAUCUGAGGGAUUCGAUCCAAGCCAGUUACCUUCUGAAUUACUAAAAAAUUGCGUUGAGCUCUGUAAUAUUAGAGAAAAUAAUAGAGUACAGUUUGAUUCAGUGUCACAGAAGAUAUUUCAUAAAAAUUCGAUUCCAUUUUAUUCUUAUGAGUUCUUAAAACAUAUACUAUGUAGAUCUUGUUCAAACUGUGCUUCUUAUGGAUCUACAACUUGCUUGCUUUGCUUUCUUGAUGGUAACCAACUUUGGGUCUCAAAUGUUGGCGAUUCUCAAAUGAUUGUUUUGAGACCUUCAAAUAUUGAGCCGCAGAAUCUUCCACCUAUACCAUUUAUUGAAAACCCAAUAGACAGAAAACCUAUUACUGGAGAUCCUAGAAGAAGAUUACCACUAAAUAUAACUGUUGGUGGAUAUGAUAUUACUGCUAGAAGUAAAGUUCAGCAACAUUUCUUUAACUGUCCACACCAACUUACUAUUAUGCCAGACAUUAACUGCUCAAAUGAAGAAAUCUUAAAAAGAGCUGCAAACGUAGUUCAGUCUUUUAGGGUUGAUGUAAAUCCAGGAGACUUGAUAAUUAUUGGUACUGAUGGGAUAUUUGAUAAUAUUUUUGAUGAAGAUAUUAUUGAUAUUGCGAAUCAAGCAAAAAGAAGGUAUGGUAGGGUUUUUGAUGAUAACCCCAUCAUGGUGGCAGAUUAUAUUGCCAAAGAGUUACUUACUUAUGCCUUAAAAGCUGCAAAUAAUGUUCCUUCAGGAUCAAAGGCAAAAGUAACACCUUUUAGUGAAGGAGCUUUGAUUGAUGUCAAUAGACAUAUUGAAGGUGGAAAGCCUGAUGAUAUUACUGUGAUUGUUGCUUUUGUUGCAUAUUCUGACAGGUUGAGCUCAAAAAUGUCCAAUAUUUCACCUGAAAUUUAUAGCGGAACUUCAUAUCUAGGAAGCUCUGCAAAAUUCAAUAAUGAUAUGUCAACUUAUAUAAUUAAUGGUGAGAAGUAUUCAUAUUCUUCAAUCAGUGAGAAAUUCUCAAUUCUUGGAGGAUUAACCUCGAAAUAUAAAUAG